AUUUUAGUUAUAAAAUAAUCUACUAUAGGUAUUUUGAGCAUAUAAAAAUGUAUAUGAAUUUAAUCAUCAUUUCUCAAUUUAUACUAUUAGAAAGUGUUAUAAGAAAUCUUCCAAUCAGUGAGGCUGGACAGGUGACGAAAUCUAUAGAAGAUAUGGUAUUGGAUUACGAAGACGACAAAAAUUCAAUGAUUGCAGUUCCCGAUAAAGAAAAUGUAAACUUAUAUGACGAUUUUUAUGAAGAAAUGGACAAUAGAAUUAGAACUGAACAGUCCAUGAAUAUGAUAUUCUUUGGGCCUCCCAGAUCUUUUAUGAGACUCGACGCUGAAACUAUUUUACAUAUACUAAUAUACACAAGGAAACAUUUAAUACCAAUAACAAGGGCUUUGCUUGCUUGGGAUAUUGUUACUGAUGGAAAGACAGCAGCUUUUUUACAAGGACGAGAGUAUUUAGCCUUUGGAUCUCUUUUGAAUGUAGUGCCGGAAGAAGAUCUAUACUAUGUAAACUUCGGUGAUCCAUCUGUACUCAGUUUCUUUUCUAGGAACUACAUUAAAUUAGACACUCGUAAGUUUGGUAUUUUGGUGGCGUCCUAUAGACGGUAUUUUGGUAACCGAUGGUAUGAAAGUGGCACACGAAUCAAUGAAUUAGGCUAUUUAAUAUGUGGAUUCCCCGCCUUCGAUCUCAAAAAAAUCACACCUCAUGUAUUCAGAGAGAUUAACGUUGAUAUUUUGAGUAAACUGGGACGCUGUAGUGUUAAUCAAACCAAGACUCUUUAUAAUAUAGCUAUUCAUUCUGAUGCUUAUGGUGAGCCCUACAAGUGGUCUUCUAAUGAAAUUAAUAGACUGGGUGCGCUAUUGACGUGUAUUCCAGAAAACGACAUUAGUUUAGUGCAAUUGGAAGCAGUAUCGGCAAUUACUCCACAGGUUAUGAAAAAAAUGGACCAGAAAAAAUUACAAUUUUUUACUAAGGAACAAAUAUUACGGAUGAAUACAAAAACUCGUAAGAUUUAUGUUCUUAGAAUGCAAUUGAAAACUAGUCUAGAUAUGAGCCAAAUAACAAGACGGCAUGGAGUAAAAUUAUAUCAAUCUAUCCUUCUACUGUUAGUAAAUAUUGUCACUCUAGUUCUGUAUGUUUAAUUAGAACUAACUUAUUUUUUAA